UCCUGCCUGAAAAGGCUUGCGUGAAAGACGACUUGUGGAGAAACUUGUGGGUUUUUUGGAAACUUAACUUGUUAGCUUUUUGUGUUUYAGCAACGAUGGAUAAAGUUAACAGACUCUUUAGUCACUUCUUGGUGUUAUAUUGAUUUUAAGCUAAAAACACGAGGGGGAAGUUCGUCCGUUGUUAGCUACUUAGCUAGCUGCGAACUGAAAAUGUUUGACAGGUGAGAGAGAUGUAACAUGGGCAGGAAUGGACCAAAGUGUGACUUCAGGGAUCCACAGAGUCCGUCAUCAUGUGGCACAGCAACCUGCAUCAAUUCCUCGGACUGGAGCUGAGCGACCGGUCAAGCGUGUGUAAAAGGAGACCCCGUCAGCCUCCAUGGCUUUCUCAUCAGACCCGUCCCGCAGGGAGAAGACUCCCGGGACCCACGGGACACACACGGCUGCUCGUAACCUCUUACGAAAGAAGGAGCAGCGCCGGCGUGGAAUCCGAUCCUCCUCGCCCAUGGGUCGGGUCAUCCUCAUCAACUCUCCUGUGGAUGGUGGAGAUGAUAGCGAGGACCUCCACACKAUCACUGUGGAUAAGAGUUUGGACGGGAAGCUUGGGUUUAGUGUGCGCGGAGGCUCAGAGCACGGCCUCGGUGUCUUCGUCAGCAAGGUGGAGGACGACAGCACAGCAGAAGAGGCAGGUCUGCUGGUGGGGGACAAACUGGUGGAGGUGAACGGCAUCAGCCUGGAGAGCAUCACCAUGAGCAGCGCUGUGAAGGUCCUGACGGGCAACCACAGGCUGAGGAUGGUGGUGAGGCGGGUGGGGAAAGUCCCCGGCAUCCGCUAUUCCAAAGAGAAAACGACAUGGGUGGACCUGAUCCACAAACGUAUGGUGGUGGAGGAGAGCGGGCGGACGCCUUCGGAGGUCAGCUCAGGCAGCGCCCUGCAUAGGAUCGUCCACCUUUACACCACCUCUGACGACUACUGUCUGGGCUUUAACAUACGAGGAGGGAAGGAGUUCGGCUUGGGCAUCUAUGUCUCCAAACUGGAUCCAGGCGGUCUGGCCGAGCAGAACGGAAUAAAGAUUGGAGACCAGAUCCUGGCUGCCAACGGCGUGAGCUUUGAGGACAUCAGCCACAGCAGCGCUGUGGAGGUGCUGAAGAGCCACACCCACAUCAUGCUGACCAUCAAGGAAGCAGGUCGAUACCCAGCAUACAAGGAAAUGGUGGCAGAAUACAGAUGGCUCAAUAAAUUGGCCAACGGCACUCAGCAGUCUUCCUCCCAGGCUUCAGACUCCAACUCUUCCACGUCCUCUCUGUCCUCUGGGACUCCGGUCAGCUCUCUGAGUGGCCUGUCUCAGGUCAUGUUCCCGUCCAGUCUGCCGUUCGGUUCUGACAUGGUGGARGUCUGCAUCUCCACGGAGGACCUUAGAUCCGAGUCGGAGCUAACUGAGACCGCCAUCCAGACAGAGGGGUCUUCCCAGAGGAUGUCUGCAGACACCACUCGCAGCCUGGGACCGACCACUCUGCUCAAAGACACGGCCAUCCGRGGAGAGGAGGGCAGACGGUGGAAAGAGUCGCCCAAGACGGCCGUGCUGCUGGCGCUCAGCAGACCGAGCCGACCAAUCAGCAGGUCGCAGAGCCAGGUCACCAUCGCAGAGAUCAAGCAGAAGAAAGAAAAGAAGAAGAAAGGGAAGGAUCCGGAGGAGAAGAGCACCCUGCAGCGAUCAAAGACAUUCGUCAACCUGCUGUUCAGAGGAGGACGCAAGAGGGACGCCUCCAGCGGUCGCUCUAAGUCCCCGCCCACAGACACACCUCGCAAAGCAGGACAAAAACUCAGCUCGAUGCCAAAUUCAGAGAUGCUGGGGGUGGUGGAGGACAUGUCCCGCAGGCUGCUGACCGAGGAGGAGGUGGCUGCAGUGAUGAAGGCCUGUCGAAGGUACGUAGCAGAGCGGUCAGUGGAGAACUUGAUUCGCCACCUGCUGGUUGUGUUGGACCGACCUGAAAAGCUACUGCUACUGAGGGAAAUCAGAAUGCUCCUUUCACCGUCCGAUCUGAAUGUGUUCAACAACGUCGUGACUGCGGUUGAAAUCGAAGCUUACGACAUCCUGAAAUAUCGCUCAGUUCGAACUCCUCCUCUUCGAUCUCCCAUUUCUGGACGAGCUCCCAAACGKCGCCUCAUCACUCCCAUCCCGGAUUUCAGGGGGGGCUUUGAGCUGCACAGUGCUGAGGAGGUGGAGAAGGAGAGCCACCUGCUGGAGGAGCUGGAGAAGCUCAGCCUGACCGGUUCCCAGGGAUCCGGUGGGAAACCCAGAAGCUCCAGGUCCUUCUCAUCUCUGCUGGACAUACCUGUGGAUGGAUUUGACCCAGAGCCCAGGGACCUCAGGCCCCCCUCUGCCAGGACGAUGCUCCCCAACUGGCUGCUGGCCCACAGCAGCAGCCUCCACCCUCCCCUCUGCACAGACAUCAACACGGUUCGCUCGGUCCACUUCGACGAGGCUUCGCUGCGCUCGGACACGGAGAGGGGACGGGCUCUUUUCAGAAACAGCCAGGCUCAGAACAGGAGGGAACACAGCGGAGGCAGGAGUAAAAAGUUCACGCUGCAGAGCGCCAACCGAAGGAGUCGCCCUCCUUUGUCUCAGGUGUUUGGGACACAUCAYGACCAACAGGUGAACGGCUUCAAAAACAGACUCAACGGUGCUGACUCUGAGGAGGAGCACCAGCUCAGAACUGUCAGCAUCUCCAAAACCAAACAGUCUCUGGGAAUCAGUAUAUCUGGUGGGAUGGAGUCAAAAAUUCAGCCGGUGGUGAAGAUCGAGAAGAUCUUUCCUGGAGGAGCUGCCUCCACUUGUGACGUCCUCAAGAAACAGAAGUUAAACUGUCUUUUAAUUAAAACCACAGUGGGCUCAAGAAAUGUACAGCAUGAAAAUAUACAUUUAAUGUCUUCAUACAAAUAAUGCAGGUUAUAAAAUUUUAUCUGAGGAACCAAAACAAACUUCAAUAUACAGGUUUUAUAUUUAUAGGGAGAGAAAACACGUUGGACAUUGCUUUGGUCUAUUCACAGUGGUUAUGUUUUUGUGUGUAUUUGACUUUUUUUUAAGACAAAACCUUCAGAA